UAUUCUUCCCUAUUCUUUUAUCCUUUCUCUUCCUUUCUUUUUAUUCUUCACUCUUCUUUUAUAUUUUCUCUUCCUUUUUUUAUAUUCCCUCUUCCUUUAUCUUUGUUUUCCUUUCGUGCCCAUUAGCCGAAUUCACGUCCUCACCUUCACCUCCAUUUCCACCCUCCUUCUCAUCAUCCAUUAACACAACACUUAAUACAAGCUUCUUCCUCCCUCAGACUCAACUCCCCUGCACUUGGCUGCCUCUGGGGGUCAUAAGGCAGUGGUGGACGUCCUCGUGGCGGGAGGGGGCGACCCCAACGCCAGAGACAGGAGAGGCCAAACUCCCAUAGACUUAGCAUGUCAUAAGGAUGUGAAGGAAGCCCUGCUGGCGUAUAGGGACAAUCCUGAAAAGGUGACGGAGGAGAUGAAGAAGAAGCACGAUUCGAAGGAGGCAGAGGCAGCCAACCUGCUGAGGGAAAACGAAAAGAUCAAGAAGGACCUUCAGGAAAAGGAAAACAAAAUCAAAUUACUGCAGGACAAACUUGAGGAGCAGCAGGAGAUGAAGAAGAAGUAUGACUCGAAGGAGGCGGAGGCAGCCAACCUGCAGAAGGAAAACGGAGAGCUCAAGAAGGACCUGCAGGAAAAGGAAAAAGAAAUAAAAUUAAUGCAGGAAGAGUUGAAGAUGUAUGACUCGAAGGUGGCAGAGGUAAACCCCCCUGCAGAAGGAAAUGGGAGAGUUGAAGAAGGACCUCAGGAAAGGAAAAGGAAAUCAAAAUAA